AUGGUUUCAAUUAAGCCUACACGAGGCUCCUACGAAGAGUCGCCUGAAGCGUUGAAGGAUCUGUUCCAAAAUCCAGCCGAUAAUCAUGGAUCACGACUUUCGACUAGGGAGUCACGAGACGCCUUGAUCGAUAUCCACAAAGCCAACCUGAAACUUCUUGCCGAAGGCAAUGUACCCGUCAAGAACUUUGUGUUGCCGUCAAGAUACCCCCCAUCGCGUGCUUCCAUCCGCGACACAUCUGUUGAAAAGAUCAAUCUGCAAGACCUCUCAGUUGAGAAGAGAAAUACCAAUGCCAUAUUGAUGGUCAGGACGAUAAUACAGCCUUACAUUUACUCAGCAACAAACACGGUCGUGGAGGAUAAGAAUGGCGACGCAGCAAGACUUACUAUUGGAAACUUGGAGGACUCGAUGCUGGAUCCACUCAUCCCAGCUGCUACCAUUGUUGCAAUCAAGCAGCCUUGUUGGCGACGACAGAUUGACGGCGGAUAUCAUAUCCGUGUUGAUCACCCUUCUGAUCUGGUAAUCUUGCAGGCGAAUGACGAAUUUGUCCCUGAAUCAUGGAGGUCGGAUGCCGAGCUCGAUAGUGAACUGGAAGGCAAGGACUGGAAGAAAGAAGGAGAUAUGAUGUUUCUGAAGAAGAAAUUCCGCACAGCACUUCAGCAUUAUGAUCGUGGUCUGCGGGCACUGGAUUCAAAAUCAAAUUCAGCGGCGAAGAUAGAUCUCUACAGGAAGAAGUGCGGUGUCAACAUUGUGUUGCUACGUCUUGAUGAUGCAGCGGAUGAUUUAUCGCAGGCUAUCGUUACCCAUGCUCUUUCAGACAGUCAACUUGCAGGGUCCCCCAUGAGCGAUCUUGAUACGAUCAAAUCAUGGCUUCAUAACGGGAGCACCGAAGAUCCGCUUCAGAUAUCGUCCAGUAUUCCGCGCCCACUAAAGGAGCUUGCAGCUCGAAUCAAGUUUGACCUCGGCAUUUAUCAAACCUCCGCCGAGUAUAACCUCCCGUUGAUAUCUUCAUACGUGGGACCACUGACUCUCCACGUCGAUGCCGCGCAUUACAUCUCAGAUACUGAAGUCCGAAAGACGGAGAACCAUGGACGCGGACUCUUCGCCAAACGAGACUUCAAAAUUGGCGAAUUAGUUUCGGCUGAGAAGGCAUUCGUGCUGCCCGGGUAUUUUAUCCAAGAUCGAUCGUCUGAUUGUCUGAUCUAUAGUCUUGGGGAAGGCACAGCGAGUCCCCGACCUGGCGCAUUGUUAUUCAAAGAGUUGGUUCAGAAGCUUCGCUGGAACCCAAGUUUGCGGCGGGAUUACUUUGAACUGGACGACGGUGGGUACUGGAAGGAGUAUGGCUGGGAGGUUUCCGAGGGCGAGGAGAUACCUGUAGAUGUCUUCCGCGUUGAGAUCAUUCGGCAGCGUAAUUGCUUCUCUGUUCCCACUAGGUCUGUCGACAUGAUUUCCCAACCGCCAAAUUCAAACCCAGAGCUCCGGAACGGCUGCUGGUUGCAUGCCUCCUACGUCAACCACUCUUGUCUGCCCAACAGUGUCCGUACCUUCAUUGGAGAUAUCCAUUUCCUUCGCGCAACGAGAGAUAUUACCGCCGGUGAAGAAAUUACGCACCAGUAUGUAUCGCCGGAUAUCGAUAUCAUUGACCGCCAGGAGAGGUAUCGGGGAACGUGGGGAUUCGAGUGCGACUGUGGGCUGUGUAAGACUGAUGGCAGAAUCGAUGAGGCGAGCCGGAAAGAGCGGUCGCAGAAGUUCGAAGAUCUGAAGAACACAGUGAUGAAGCUGGGCGAGAGGGGGAUGACUAUUACCAGCAUCAAGAAGAUUGCAAGAGGGCUGAGAGAAAUCGAGGCAUUAUACUCACCGUCAGAUGCAGCAACAGAUGAGGGAGAUCUGUAUCGCCAGCUUCCCAGGCUCGCACUGGUUCAUCCAAGCCUUUACUUGACUGAAGCUUGGAAAGGUGUCAACAACGUAGACAAGACGAUCGAGUAUGCAAGGAAGUUGCUGAGGAACUUUGGCAUUCUUACCACGACGGAUAACGAUCGGUUCGAAGUCGUAAGCAACUCGGGUCUCAUCAAUAUCGAAGCUGUUCGAGCGCUCAGAUAUCUUGCCGAAGGAUACACAUCCAAGGGCGAAUCUCAGUUGGCCAAAGACUGCAUCGAAUUGGGGAAGCUUUGGUUCCUGAUAAUUACGGGGAGUGAGGUCGGAAUGGAGGAGUUUCUCAAGUUUUGA